AUGGGCAUUGUCUCGAUCCCUGGACUCCCAACACUCCAUCCACGAUACAAGUGGAAGGAUCACAACCAAUGGCUUCGAGAGGUACUCAGUCAUCGUGUGCCCCAGGCCCGAAUUAUGGCCUUCCAAUACGAUUUUGGCCAGGAAUCGCAGGAAGUUGCAUGGAUGCAACUCAUGCAGCAUGCAGAAGGGCUUCUUUAUAGCCUGAUUCACCGGAGAGAAGGGGUCGACUCGCGCCCAAUCAUAUUUGCACUGCUGCUUGCAAAAGAUACGCGUGCGUUUCGAAGUAUACUCGACAUGACGGGAGGUAUCGUAUUUCUUGGCUGCUUGAACAACGAGACAAGGCCUAAUUUUGAGGACCUUUGCCUGAAAUGCGCCGCAGUUGAGACGGGUGUACACAAAAAGGAUCGAGUCAUUGAGAAUCUCCGCCAGGACAAUCGCUGGACCUUUGUCAAAGAGGUCAUGGAAGACUUUAGGGCCUUGAAUGGCCCAUUUCCUGUUCGCAUCUUAUUUGAACUCAAUCCAAGCAAUAUUGGCAGUCGACAAUUUGUUGUGAGGACGAUGAAACAGGAAUGUCUAUGUUCCGAGCAAGUGUCUCGCUUAGGUUGGGAUAGUGAACAGUUGGUUCCUGUCCAGAAGAACCACGCUGAGCUUACCAUGUACCCUCAAAGAAGCGACGACGACGCCUACUUUCAAUUGUUUAUGAAGACGCUCUCUGAAAUGAUCGAGGAAGUUGUUCCCAAGUCCGUUAUGGUCCCUAAGGGAUUGGCUGGCAGUAAUGGCUCGAAAAGCGUACUUAGCCUAGACCUUUCCUCUGACGUAGACGAUGUCGUGUCCCUCUUGACGGCCCCUAGGUCGGACUUAAACAUGCCCGGCGGAGUGACUAUUCCCUGUUUUGUCACUUGGCCAUACGACGAAAACCCGAAUUUCGUUGGAAGGGAAGAUGAACUGGAACAGAUUCAUGCCAGCCUCUUUCCGAUCGAUGGCAAGGGCCCUCAACAAAGGGUAUUCGCACUGACCGGGCUGGGCGGCAUGGGAAAGACGCAAAUUUCGGUCAAAUAUGCAUUCAAAUACCGCCAAGAUUACCAUAUCGUGCUAUUGGCGCACGCAGACGGUCAAUCUAAACUUGCGGAGAGCUUCUCCUUAUUUGCUGAUAAGCUUGGGCUAGAUGUACCCUGGCUACUAAUUUUCGACAACGCUGAUACUGAUGACAAGAUCCAGCUUCUGGAUGAGUUUUGGCCCUGCAAGUCACAGGGAUCCAUAUUGAUCACAAGUCGAGAUCAUACUCUGGUGAAAACGUUCACUGGUAUGGAGCUUGUCGAGAUGACCAAGCCCAGCGCUGUGGACUUGCUCCUUCGCUUGGUUCAGUUUGAUAAGAAUGCACUUGAUGAUGCCGAUGUCAUUGAAGAAGAGAUUGCCGCUGAGAAGAUCGUGAAGCGGUUAGGAUUUCUACCUCUUGGAAUUAGUCAGGCUGCCACGUUGAUUAUCAAUGACUCGUGCUCUCUGGCAUCCUUUCUUGAGGACUACACGCUGCGAGAGCUAGUUGAAGACUCUGCUACUAUCCAAUUGGAGAGCCCUAGAAACGGCUACAAGUAUACUCUGAGAACGGUGUGGAACAUGAACUUCGAAAGCCUAACAAAGGAUCAGCAGAGUUUGAUGAAGCUCAUGUCGUUUCUAGACCCGGAUCGGAUUCAGCUGCGGGUUCUCAAAGAUGGGCUCCUGAAGCCGCAAGUAUCUGACUUUGAUUUCAUUAGCUCACCACACAAACUUAGCAAGUGCAGAGCUGGCCUCUUACGCAGUACACUGGUUUCUCAAAGCCGCAAUGGUCGAGAACUGAGGAUGCAUCGGCUGGUACAAGCAUACUGUCAGCUGAGAAUGGACAUUGAAGAGUCCCGUGCGAACUUUCGAAGUGCCAUCAAUCUAAUCAAAGCUAUCUGGCCAGUUCCCAAUAGGGAGAUGGUUCAUAAUCCAGCAUUUUGGAAGGAGCAACGGGAACUGCUUCCCCAUGUGCAAAAGCUAUGCGAGUUUUACGUCAAGUCGUGUGAGAACGGCCAGCCACUGAUUUCGCAUACGGAGCUCAACUGGGAUUUCGCUUCCGUAUUAUAUGAAGCUGGGUGGUUUUGUUACGAAAGCGGAUUACUAGAGUCGGUGUCAGAACUCCUCGUUCCUGCAAAAGAGUACUGCAUCAGACACCUUCCGAAAGGCGGAGGGUAUCGUAUUCUGGCCGACAUCUACGGUGGCCUUGGAUCUCUUGCAACAGAGUCAAAUCAGUUUCAGCGCGCAUAUGAUGACUUCAAUGAGGAAUGGGAGUGUUUAAAACUUGCAUUCGACGCUGCUGAACUAACCCGGCCCAGCAUUUGGGAGGUUUUUGGCUUAGGCCGUGUAGGCAACGGACUGCAGGGUCUUCAUCGGUACACCGAAGCGGAGGAGUACUAUAAAAUGGCUUUGAAAGCAUGGGAAGGACUCCCUGGUGAUCGUAAGGUAUGGGUGAGCAACAUGUGUACAUGCUUAUGGUUACAAGGCAAGCUUGACGAGGGGGAGAAGACGAUAAAGGCGGUAAUCAAGGACGAGAAUGACGCCACCAAUUUCCGCACCGGGCUGGCUAUGAAUUGCUUGGGUAAUAUACAGAUUUCCCAGGCCGAGCGUCUUAAGCAAGAAGGCAAGACUGAAGAAGGGGAGAGGAGGUUGACAGAGGCGAUGGCGACACAUACAAAGGUUCUGCAACUCUUCACAAUUGCACUCGGGCAGAGGCACCACAAGACUGCCGAUAUCACGUACAAGGUUGGUUGGCAUCUACAUCGGCGGCAAGAGUACCAAAAAGCUCUGGAUAUGCUCAAUAAUGCUUUGGGAGUUUACGCGAGUCAACCUAAAAUUUUCAAAAAUGAAAUAGCGCGGACCAAGUACAAGCUGGGCUGCUUGCAGCAGGAUAUGGGAGCACACAUCGAAGGGGGCGCACUGAUUAGGGAGGCCGAGCGUCUUCGGAAGGAGAUAGUUGCACCGGAAGACUGGGAACCUGCCCAAGGGGAGAAAGCUUUUGAUGGCAUUGUUCAAUUCUGGACACGCUGA